AUGCGGGGAAGGCAGCGAGUGUCAUCCAGGGAACACAUAACUGCGUACGAUAAAGGAGAAACUUCGGUACGCUUACUGAAUGGUAAACCUUCUUGGCGGAAAUCUUUGCGGCAUGUAUUAGUGGCUUCGAUUUCUUCUUUCUUAUUCGGCUACCACCUUGGAGUAGUCAAUGAAACCUUGGAAAGCAUUUCAUUAGACCUCGGCUUUAGUGGGAAUACCAUGGCUGAAGGUCUUGUCGUAAGUACAUGUUUAGGAGGGGCUUUUGCUGGGUCCCUCUUCAGUGGGUGGAUUGCAGAUGGUGUUGGACGCAGGAGGGCUUUCCAGCUGUGUGCUCUGCCUAUGAUCAUUGGGGCAUCAAUGAGUGCAACAACAAAAAGCCUGUGGGGUAUGCUUCUCGGAAGGUUAUUUGUCGGUACGGGGAUGGGACUUGGCCCUCCUGUUGCAGCUCUUUACGUGACUGAGGUUUCACCUCCAACUGUAAGGGGUACUUUUGGGAGUUUGACUCAGAUUGCAACAUGUCUUGGAAUUAUGGGUGCAUUACUUGUUGGAUUCCCUGCCAAGGAGAUAGUGGGUUGGUGGAGGAUUUGUUUUUGGAUAUCUGGCAUUCCUGCAGCAAUACUUGCCUUUGCCAUGGAAUUCUGUGCAGAGAGUCCGCAUUGGCUUUUCAAGAGAGGAAGACGUACUGAAGCUGAAGCUGAAUUUGAGAAACUCUUGGGCGGGAUACAUGUGAAACCUGCAAUAGCUGAAUUGUCAAAUGACAGAGGUGAUGAGUAUGAUACAAUCAAACUUUCAGAAUCACUCUACAGUCGUCAUUUCAAAGUGAUGUUCAUUGGAUGUACACUUUUUGCUUUACAGCAGCUAUCUGGCAUUAAUGCUGUUUUUUAUUUCUCUUCAACUAUCUUCAAAAGUUUUGGUGUGCCAUCAGAUCUUGCAAACACUUGUGUAGGAAUUUGCAAUCUAGUGGGGUCAAUUCUUGCAAUGAUUUUGAUGGAUAAACUAGGAAGGAAAGUGCUUCUCCUGGGGAGUUUCAUGGGCAUGGUUGUAUCAUUGGGUCUGCAAGUCAUUGCUGCAAGUUCCUUCGCAUCAGAAUAUGCAGCCAUGUAUCUAUCUGUCGGUGGCAUAUUGAUGUUUGUCUUGUCUUUUGCUCUUGGUGCUGGUCCAGUUCCUGGUCUCCUCCUGUCAGAAAUACUUCCUAGCGCAAUCAGGGCUAAGGCAAUGGCAAUUUGCAUGGCUGUUCAUUGGGUUAUGAACUUCUUUGUUGGUCUACUAUUUUUACGCUUGUUGGAGCAAAUCGGGGCACAACUCUUGUACACUAUUUUUGCUUCAUUCUGUCUGAUGGCGGUGAUUUUUGUGAAGAAAAAUGUUGUGGAAACAAAAGGGAAGUCUCUUCAAGAAAUUGAGAUGGCACACCUUCCCCAAGAAGCAACAUAA